AUUUCAGAAUUUGAUGGUGAAACAGUUUUGUGUCGUGUGUGUGGCGAUAAAGCCAGUGGAUUCCAUUAUGGUGUCCACGCGUGUGAAGGGUGUAAAGGAUUUUUCCGAAGAAGUAUUCAACAGAAGAUACAAUAUCGCCCCUGUUUAAAAAAUCAACAAUGUAAUAUAAUGCGAGUGAACAGAAACCGGUGUCAGUACUGUCGAUUAAAGAAAUGUAUUUCUGUAGGAAUGUCUAGAGAUGCUGUGAGAUUCGGUCGGGUGCCGAAGAAAGAGAAAGCCAGAAUAAUUGAACAGAUGCAGAAAGUCAGUUCCCAGUCCACAUCUUCAGCCAUUCUCUCAAUAUUAUCCAAUGAACAGGACGUAGUACAAGCUGUUUUUAAUGCUCAUAGGCAAACUUGUGAUUUCUCUCAAUUCCGAGUUCAGCAAAUGCGAGAACUUGCAUUUCAAGAUAAUAAAUAUGUGGAUUGCCCAACUCAUAUGGCUUGUCCAUUAAAUAAUCAGCUUGGAAUGGAUCCCAAUGCUAACAAAGACUGGGAGAAUUUCUCUGAAAGUUUUACUCCAGCUAUUAAAUCUGUGGUAGAUUUUGCUAAGGGUAUCCCAGGAUUCACUUUGUUAAAUCAGGAUGACCAAGUUACGCUUCUCAAGGCAGGAACAUUUGAAGUGCUACUAGUAAGAUUAUCAUGUUUAUUUGAUCCUGAUACGAACACUCUGAUGUUUACUGGUGGACGUCUGAAUUGUGUUUUGGUAUUUCAGAUUUCCUGUGGUGCUGGUUUCCUGCUGGAUUCCAUGUUUGAUUUUGCUGAAAGAUUCAAUAAGCUAAACCUAGGGGAUGAAGAGUUGGCAUUAUUUUCAGCCAUUGUUCUCCUCUCACCUGACCGUCCUGGUUUACGUAAUUUAGAACAAGUCGAAAAAAUUCAAAAUGCAUUGACUGAAUCCCUCCAUAAUAUCAUCAAUAUCAACUAUAAAGAAGACAACACCAUGUUCGCUAAAUUACUAAUGAAAACAACAGACUUACGGACAUUGAAUACACUACAUUCUGAAAAAUCUAUAGGUAGGUACAAUUAA